CUUUCAACCUUCGAAAUUAUCAAUAUACCUGCUUAAAUUAUAGCUGACAUAAUGAUCCAUCCGGUCAUAACUCGACAAAUGGUGCAAAUCCUGCCAAGUGUAAUGGUCGAUAGGAUAACACUGCCCGAUAUUAUUGAGGAUGCAAUCAAACCCCCAACGGAAAAUAUUAAUUCCGAGGCAAAAUCGAAUGAAAUUGAGGUGGAAGAUAAUGAAGAGAAAUCGGAAGCGGUUUCUGAAUCCGAAAAUGAACUAUUUGAGGUAUCUGAAGAGCAUAAGGAUGAAGAGGUAAGGUACGCGUGGAAUGCACCCUGCAUGAUGGUCAUCUUCGAGGAUGGCGAUGUCAAUUGUGCCCUGCAUCACCUGGUCGAAUCUCUGCAGGAUCCCUUUGCCUUGGAUGCGGUUGCCGUGAUCUUGGUACAGGAAGCUUUAGCCGAAGAAAUCGAAAAACGAGUUAAAACUCUGAUGAAACCCUUGGAUGCCAGGGUGGCCAAUCAUCCGUGCUACAAGCGCACUCUGCUGAAGAUUGGCGAACUUAGGCCGAAAACUAUAAUAGGUUCUUCAGAUCGUGUCUUACCCGAUGCCACGCCCAUACUGGUGCGGGACAUACCACACAAAUUUCUGGGCGAUGGACCCACUGGCAUAAUAACCAUGCACAUUUUUCGCACCCCUUUCGAAGCCACUCAGAUAUAUAGAAAGGAAUAUCCCCUGCCAAUCGCAUCGGUUAGUAUAUGGAAUGAGCGGGUUUCGAGUGUUUACGAUGUAAUUGGCAUGAUGAAUCUACUCGAUACCUUUAAGAUCAACUGUUUCACGGUCGAUAUGGAGCCCAUUAAGCGGGCAUUCGAGCUAAGGAAGUAUAGUGCUUGUAUGCAUCGGGGCUAUCACUAUGAAACACUGCCCAUAAAUGGCGAGCGAAAGAUUAUCAUAUACCCAGUUGGAACUAUAUUUGGUAAUUGAAGUGUAAGCUGGGUAAAUACAAUACCAUUAUUCGAAUCUUAUCGCCACUUAUUUCAUUUUAUUCAAAAAUGAAUGGUAUCCUUACCAAUUAGGAAACCAUUCACCCCUCACCUUUAUGGUGUUGUGUCAGUAUCUAAUGCAUGCAAUCUAAUUCAAUGGGCCGGGGCUUUCAACAGCUAUUUACACACAGAAAGCCAGUUGAGAACAUUCAACUCGCACUUUUCGUUCGCUAAUCUAAAUUAAUGCCUCUCACUGCGAAUCGGAAUAGGCUGUGCAGCGAUGUUUUAUCAUUCAAUUAAAAAAAGGGAGGAAAGCAGCAGAAAACGCGUGCAUGUGAAAUUCGCGAAAUAAACCAGAGGAUUUUCGCACAUUUCCCCCGCUGAGUAAAAAUAGUGGGCGGAAGAGUGGAAGCAAUUUGCACCACCCCACGGACGGAAUAAUGAAGUGUUUAGUUGAUUAUCUAAACGCACGGCGCCGUAUCCGGAUCCGGGAGCACUGGGCCUAGUAGUGCUGGAAUUGCUUGGGGUUUUCGGGUAGCGGUUGAGUCAAUAAUGCGCCAAAUAAACAGCUAACAAGUUGGUAAUAAAAGAACUCUAAAAUUGCCCGAGGUCC